UGGGAUCCUCUUCGGGAGAUGCCCAAGCUUCAAGGCAAGAUUGCUGUUGUAACCGGAGCAAGUAGUGGGAUAGGUCUCGAAAUGGUCGGAUUUCUCGCUAUUAAAGGAGCGAAAGUGUAUUGUACAACACGAUCUGAGGACAAGGCCAAAACGGCACGGGAUGUGCUACAAGCCAAAUACCCUGAGAUUGACCAAGAAAAGGUCAAAUGGCUAUUGUUAGAUUUAUCAGAUUUACAAUCUAUCACUGACGCUGCCGAUGAAUUGAAGAACAGUGAAACAAAGCUGGACAUAUUGAUCAAUAACGCUGCAGCUGCAACAACGUCUCAUAAUCUUGUGGCUGGUAGGUGGGAGUGGCAUAUGGCAGUCAAGUAUGCGACAAACGACUCAAACCCCGAUGCCAGAAUUGUAACUCUCAGUUCUAUUGCCCACUCCAAUAUGCUCCCCCACAACUUCGAGUUCCAGUUUGACUCACCUUUGUGUCUUACAAAUCCGGUUAUAUCAUACCCUUGGCAAUGGCGUUACAUUGGAAGGUUCGUUUUCGGCUUUGAUAUGAUCCGCUAUGCAGUUUCCAAGGCCGCAGUUGUUAUGUUUGCAAAAGGUUUGCAGAGCCGGCUAGAUGCAGGGGGACUACCGAUUCUGUCUCUUUCAGUACAUCCCGGUGAGGUUGCUACGGAAGGUGUUAUGGCAAUUAAUAACGUAUUCAUCAAAGCAAUCGCCCGUCUAACCUUUCUCACCUCGCAACAAGGUGCCGCAACACCGCUAUUUGCAGCAACUGCGAAUAAAAUCAGACAGGGCCAGGACAAUUACAGAGGAAAGUUCCUUACGCCAUAUGGUAAAAUUCAGGCGCCGCAUCCAGUUGUGGAGGAUCCAAAACAGCUGCAAGGACUGUGGGAGCACACA